AUGCAUGACAAGAUACAGGGUUACAUGAAACAACUGCGGAUUGAUCGAGCGAACGGCAUGGCUUACCAGACUGGCUCCGCGAUGGAAAGUGAAGAAACGAACGGUAGGGGGCCAUUGUCGGAGGUAGUUUGUUCGAAAUGUAAUCGGAGAGGACAUAAAGAUGCGAGGAGUGGAUUGUGUCCAAAUAAUGGGAGGAACCGACGUAAGAGGAGUAGGGUGGAUCCCCCCAAUGAAACAUCCGUCGGCGAAGAAGAACAUAACAAUGUUGUUCCUAGGAAUGAAGACGAGGAUAACGAGGAUGGCGCUACGAAUGAAAUUUCGCUCAUAGAUAACAUUCCCCUCACAAGCGAUCCACGAAUCGCGGAGCUGUCGGAAUCGCUAGCAAAUGACAGUUGA